CCAUGGCCGGAAUUCACCUCAGUUUCUUUUCUUCAUCUGUUAUUUGCUUAACCAUCCUGUUCAUGUUCUCCAAUAUUGCAGUGAAUGGCAAGUCCGACAGUCUAUUGCUGGAGUCUUUGUGGUUUAAGCGUGAGAAGAUGACAUACCUUCACUUGUUCUUCCAUGACAUUGUUAGUGGUAGUAACCCAACUGCAGUUAGGGUUGCUCAAGCAAGCAGCACAAGAAAUUCACCAACUUUUUUUGGUACAAUGGCCGUGAUGGAUGACCAGCUGACGGAAACACUGGAGAUGAAUUCUAUGAUUGUCGGAAGAGCUCAGGGGAUAUACACAAUGGCGUCACAAAAUGAGUUAGUCUUGUUGAUGACCUUCACCUUUGUUUUUACAGCAGGGAAGUACAACGGGAGCACCCUUAGCUUAUUGGGGAGGAAUCAGAUUCGAUCAACCAUGAGCGAGAUUCAGGUGAUGGGAGGGACCAGGAUUUUCCAGUUGGCUCGUGGCUACGCUUAGGCAAAGACUCAAUCAAUCAACCUUACAACCGGGGAUGCUCUGAAUAUAAUGUCUAUGUCAUCCAUUACUGAUCCAUGAAUCUUCUCCUUUCAAUUGUU